AUGGCUGAAAAUACUGAAAACUUCCCUCUCGCUGAUGAUGAUGAACAUAGCAAUAUAAUUGAUACAGGUGGACGAAAACCAUUGCCAGCAAAGCCACUGCCGAAGGAAGAAUGCGAAGAUCAAGAAGAAAAAGCGCGAUUAAUUGCGCAAGUUCUCGAAUUACAAAAUACUCUUGAUGAUUUAAGUCAACGUGUUGAUAGCGUUAAAGAGGAAAGUUUAAAACUUCGAUCUGAAAAUCAAGUGCUUGGGCAAUACAUACAAAAUUUAAUGGCAUCAAGUGCGGUCUUUCAAUCUUCUCAUCCAAGAGCGACAAGCAACAAGUAA